AUGGCGCCAAAGUUCAGAGAUGGUGACGUGGUUGCCACUCUAAAUGGCAAGUGGAUAUCAUACGCACACACUGUCAUUGCCUACACUGCCUUUAUUGGAGCGCUCGUAGUUGGAAUAUCUCUCCACUACCACAAGAUCGUGCAGAAUGAGCACUACGGCUAUCCGCAGGAAUGGUUCCCUUCGGUCUCCGCUACAAUCGGUGACCGGUAUCCUGAACGUUCGGUUUUCAUGGUCUUCAUUGCGAUGACAUCUGGACCCAGAUUUGCACUUGUUACGCUUUGGUAUAUCCUUACAAGAAGACCGAACUCGACACUGCCCAAAUUCGUUGCUGGUGUGGGCAUUUUCAGAACCUUGACAUGCGGAGGCUGGACGUAUGUCACGUCCACGGACGACCAUGACUGGCACGACAUCUUCAUGAUCUCUUACCUUGUGGCGACAUUGCCGUGGACAUUGGGAGUUAUGGCCUUGAGCCCUCCCAAUCGAACAGCUCUGAAGUAUAGGAAAAUAUUUGCCGGAUCUUUCUUUGGCACUCUGGUGCCCCUAAUCUACUUUUUCAUUCAGCAUAAGGUCCACCGUGUAGCUGGAGCUUAUACCACUUACGCCUUUUUCGAAUGGUCGCUCGUGCUACUUGACGUAGCAUUCGAUGCGGUUACAUUGGUGGAAUUUGCAAACUUAGAGAUUGUUGUGAGAGAUAUCCGGGGCAUCACUCGUGGGACGGGCCACGAUGCCGUCGUCGAUACCGUGUUAGAAAAGGAGAAAGAGAAGGAUGUUGGCCGGGUAUUCGCCAAAGGGUUCUCCUGGUCCGAGUUCUUUGAUGCCGCCGCCGACGUGUACAAUGGGUUCACCUUCUGGUCCAUGUUGACUGCGCUGGGACUUUGCGUGUGGUAUUUCCCUCUUUGGCACAUGGGCAUUUCCGGCUACGAAGUCAUGGUAAUGUGCACGGUCUCGCCAUUCCUUCUUGCUAUUAAGCCCCUUCGCACGUUAAUCGUUCGCAACAUUCGUGUCGUACACCUGAUGUCUCUCUCUGGACUCCUUGCAUUCCUUGCCAAGUCCCCGGAAAAUCGUCUCUUCUCCGCUGGCUUCGGUGUAUGGAUGGCUUGCCUGUCUUGGGCGGCGACAUUCUACGCCGAAAGAUCGCAACCCCACAGGCUCGAAGCACGUAUCUCUGCUUUCUGCCUUGGUUUGAUUGCGUCCAGUAUUGCAAAGUUCGCGUUCUGGACGAACAAUCCCGUCUGGCCUAUCAUGCAUGGACCCAAUGGUGGAUGGAACAAGCUUGGACUUGUGCUUGCAGCUCUGGCGAUUCUCCGGUCAACGAGGUCGACUGCCAGUUUGGUUGUAGAUCUGCCAGCGCCAGGCCCUACCAGAGGGUCCUCCACGGCCUUGAGCCUUGGUCUGGCUGGUCUCUUCUUCGCCAUGCACUCCUUGCUCUCUGACUCCAGCACCAUGAUUCUCUGGGUUUGGGAAGGCUACCCCGUGCGUGGUCCCCUCGCCGUCCCUCAUGGUGCUUGGACUCUUAUCACGAUGGGUAUUGGCCUGGUAACGGGCUUGUUCUUACCGGAGCUUGCUGGCUCAUGGUUUCUGUACGGAGUGGGAUCGAUUGGAGCUGCAAUCCUGACGACUUCUAGCCAUUGGUUUGGGUACUACGGUGCUCUGGCGCUCGCAUUCUACGUCAUGGCAGUCGCUCCUGUGCUCAUUUCGCAGGCCGCUCGAUACUCGCCAGCGAAGACCUUUGGUGUCGGAUUUCUCAUCUACAACAUCCUGGUUUUGGCGCACGUUUGGGUUGUCGCGUAUGCCUUUGUUCCUGGUGGCCCUCUCAUGCGCGAGCACACUGACUGGGUCAUGACGGCCAUGAUGCUGUUCAUUGGUUGCGGUGUCUUCUCCGUGGUAGGCAAACCCAAGAAACCUACCAUUCAGAAAUACAAGGGCAAGGUCCACCCGGCUGCCCGGAAGCAACGGUCGUACUACAUGUACAUUCUGUUCGGUCUUGAACUACUGGCCGUGGCUAUUGCGUAUCUCCGCUUCCCGUCGUACAACUACACUCCUUACCAUCCUGAGGAGAAGGCGGUCACCGCCGGUAUCUGGACCAUCCAUUUCUCACUCGACAACGACAUGUGGAGCUCGGAGCACCGUAUGCGCGACGUCAUCAAAGAGCUGGAACUCGACGUUGUCGGUCUUCUUGAAUCCGAUUUGCAGCGCAUCAUCAUGGGCAAUCGCGAUACGACGCAGUUCCUGGCCGAAGACCUGGGCAUGUACGUGGACUAUGGCCCUGGGCCUAACAAGCAUACAUGGGGCUCGGCGUUGCUUUCGAAAUUCCCCAUCGUCAAUUCCACACACCACCUCCUUCCCUCUCCAGUUGGCGAACUUGCUCCCGCUAUCCACGCCACUCUUGACAUGUACGGCAAGCUUGUCGACGUUUUCGUCUUCCAUUCGGGCCAAGAAGAAGAUCCGGAAGACCGCAGACUGCAGAGUGAGUACCUGGCUAAGCUGAUGAAGGAGACACCUCGUCCGGCUAUCCUGCUUUCUUACCUGGUCACGAAGCCUCUGCAAGGCAACUACAACACGUACGUGGGUGAGAAGAGCGGCAUGCGGGAUAUUGACCCCAGCGAUUGGGAUCGCUGGUGCGAGUACAUCUUGUACAAGGGUUUGAAGAGGACGGGCUACGCCAGAGUGAGCCGCAGCACCAUUACGGACACGGAGAUUCAGGUGGGCAAGUUCGUCGUCGAUCAACCGGAAGGCUCGAAUGAUAUGAUUCCCGAAGAACAGGUUCCGCCGGGCCUGAGGUUCCCGGCGCUGUUUAGAGGACAGGGUGUUAGAGGCCAUGCGUACCAUGUGUUUAAUGAACCUAGGUAUUUCGCUUAAGCGGGAAAAGGGGUAGGGGACAUUAAGGGAGAGGUGACUAGGAGGGGGGGAGAGGAUGAGUGAUGGAGUUGUAGUGUGUAGCGCCAUGCUCUUGGCAGAAUUUCCCUUGUAGUCAUAAUUGUACGUUUACAUUUGUG